AUGAAUUUGGUCACAUUGCUUAAUCGCACCCUGCGCCUGGGCUUCUGGGGCGGAAGCACCCUCUACCACAUGGCCGCCUGCCUCCUCGUCGGCCUGCUCCUUCUACUCUUCCCGGAGGAGGUCCUGCACUACGUGAUCGAGACGGGCGUGGUCGGCGUUCCCGCCAUCGAGGGAUCAUCGUCGGCGAUGAUGUCGCCCCUCGUGGCCAAUGCCGUGGCGCGCCUCAUGGGCUUCCAGCUCGCCGUGGUGGGCCUCCUUUUCGGCAUGUUCGGCAGCGUGGCCGAUCACAAGGCGCGCACGCGGCUCAACUACUUCGCGAUGGCGUCCUACGUGGGCGGCAUCACCUUCCACGCUCUUCAUCUCUACCUGCGGACCGGCAUCUUGCGUCGCGAGGUCCUCGUCGCCGGCAUCCUCUCCAACACUUUCGGCCUCUGCCUCGUCCUCGUGUGCCUCUACUUCCUCGCCUUCGACCACUUCUCCACAACCCACGCCGCCGCCAAGAAACAGAACAAGUCCUCCUAA